GAGUGAGUGGGCGACGCGGAUCACGGCCGGGGCGACGAUGGCAGCGCGGGAUGCGACGCCUGACCUUGCGCUGGGCCCGCGGCGCCUGGGAGGCGGCCCUGGCUCUCUCAGCAGUCACCCUGGCCCUGCUCUGUUUGGACGGUGUCUUCCUAUCCUCGGCCGAGAAUGACUUUGUCCACCGGGUCCAGGAGGAGCUGGACCGCUUCCUGCUGCAGAAGCAGCUGUCAAAGGUUCUGCUUUUCCCCCCACUGUCCAGUCGCCUGCGGUACCUGAUCCAUAGAACAGCGGAGAAGUUUGAUCUCUUGAGCAGCUUCUCUGUUGGUGAAGGCUGGAAGAGGAGGACUGUCAUCUGUCACCUGGACGUCAGGGUACUGAGUUCACACGGGCCCUGCCGCCCUCCUGCCGGCCACCCCGGCAAAUACCAUGGUCCUCGGCCCACCUCGAACCAGGGAGCGGGUGCCGGUCCCCAAGGUGCACGGGCUGGCUGGUGGCAUCGUGGACGCAAGCCCGACCAGCCUUUGUAUGUGCCCCGGGUGCUGCGCAGGCAAGAUGACGGGGCAGUGACCUCCACCCCAGGGGUCAAGGGAGAGGCCCCCGCUGGUGGGGUCUUGGAAGAGUCCGGAGAUGCAGGUGCUGGGGACCCCGACGCUGAUCAAGGACUCCCCGUGUUGAUAACUCAGGAAACGGCGGACCUGAAGGGCCCAGGCCAAAGUUUCGAGAAUGAAACACGGCUGGAGCCAGCUGACACUGGGCCCCCAGGGCCUGAGAGUCCCUCAGGGAAGGCCUGUGGGGUGGAGCUAGCCAAACAGCUAGGGUCCAGUGUGCAGCCAGCCCUGAAGGAGGAGGAUGCGAGUCAGCUGGAGCAGAUUCUGAAGGACAAAGAGAAGGAGGACGAAGGAGAAGAGGGCAGCUGCUCCGAGGAGGAGCGCAGUGAGCUGCUGCAGGAGGUGAAGGAGACAGCGCACAGGCAGAUCACAGCCAACCUGACGGAGAAGGAGAUUCAGGUAGAGAAGGCCCAGCUCGACCUGUCCUGUUUCUCGGAGGAGCUGCCUGGGGAGAAGGACCUGGCCCAUGUGUUGGAGAUCUACGACUUCGAGCCGGCACUCAGGACGGAGGACCUGCUGGCCACGUUCUCUGAGUUCCAGGACAAAGGGCUCAAGAUCCAGUGGGUAGACGACACGCACGCACUUGGCAUCUUCCCCUGCCUGGCCUCAGCUACUGAGGCUCUGACCAAGGACUUCUCCAUUCUCAAGAUCCGGCCGCUCACAGAGGGAACCAAGCAGUCGAAGCUCAGAGCCCUACAGAGGCCAAAGCUCCUGCAACUGGUGAAGGAGAGGCCACAGACAGAUGCGGCAGUGGCCCGGAGGCUGGUGGCCCGGGCUCUGGGGCUCCAACACAAAAAGAAAGAGCGGCCUUCCGGCCCAAGUAACCUGCCGUCCUAAGGCCCCAGGCCUGGCCGCUCAGACUAAGCUGGGCACCAACACCACCAGCCCUUACAGACAUCAGGAGCCCUGAGCCUCUGCGGAGCUUCACCAUGGGGCCUGGGCUUUAGUUUGGUUUAAUCCCAGAAAUUGAGAAAAAAUAAAAACUUGAAAGUUGUUCCAA